AUGCAGACAUUUGGACAUUUUCUGAAUAGUUUUGAACACAUGGUAAAUUGCACGCGUGUCCCAGCUAACAUGUGUGAAUUGCACCAGUAAAGGAAAAUCUAUCUAGAACUGCAGGACGAACCAUCUCGUGGAAAAAAACGCGAUCGUCGAAAGGAUGAAAUUGCGUGAAACGAAGAGAAACGGAAACUGAAGUUACAGAGCAAGCGAUAAAAAGAUGGUCAGCUGAUCCCAAUGGUACGUUACUAACUGAGUUAUUCCAUUUUUCUCUGUCUCGUGUAUUGCCCAACUGUAAAUGUAUUCACACGACGAAGCGAUUUUCCACGAGAAACGUACACGUAUGCUCAUUCUACACUCGAUCUUUCGCAUAAAUCGCCCAGCUAACGUUUCCUUCAGAUCUCUUGGAAAACUAUACAUAUAAUUUCCUGAUAAUACGAUUUUUGCGCAUAUUUUAAUGUUCAGUAAUUUGUUUGACGACAAUCGCGAUGGUAGAGUGAGAUGUUGCCCAUGUUAUCUGAAUAUUAAAUUCGUCUACAUACAGAAUUGAUAAACGAGAUAUCUCGCGUUACAUGCGUAGGGUUCGUCAAAAGGAAGAGUGUUCGUUGCAAGUGUGAGUGAUCGUAAAUUAACUUUCCAUACGAAAGAAUGUCUGCAGCUUUAGCCUGAGCGAACGAGAAAGAGUGCUGGAGACAGAGUGGAUAACUUAAGGUGCCUAGACGCAGCUGAUUGCGGGUAGUAUGAGAGAGAGAGGGUGUGAGGGGGGAAGAACGAAUGUUUGAGGAUUUGAAAGAAAAGAGAGUGAAUUUUUGAGCCCGGCGAUUGGAUGAUGGAUGAGAUCUGAGAAGAUAAUGUCAUGAGUAUUCUAGCGAGAAAACAGUUUUUUAAAUAAACCUAAUGCUCUCCUACACAUACAUCUUAGUUUUUAGUAUCUGGAAAUGUAGUGAGAUAUUCGAAAGUUUUAAACAUCUGAAAGAUUCGAUGUUUUCUUUUAUUUAUGUAUGUUUAAGACUGUUGUGAAAAAGUUAUAAUAAAAUUGGCAACUUGAACAAUUUCAUUUUAUUUCGAGAGUUAUUACUCUAUUAGGAAUAGGUUAGUAUUGAUCCGUAAACAUGAAUGAAAAGUCUCCCUGCGAUACACCGUGGUUUUCUUGUUCGUGAAAAAAUUCAAUUUCUCUGAAAAAUUGAAAAUGCGUACGGUGUAAUAGACGGGGAUUAUACCGGAAGCUGAAUUUUAAACAGAGUGAAACUUUGGCGAGGUAGUGCGCGUGAUAAGUUGGCGAAAGUGGAUCGUCGAAUAGCACGUUGUACGUCUUUCUGAUGUUCCUCUCUGACGAGAACACCGAUCUUCUUAUUGUAUAGUUUGCUGUUUGCUCAAUAUUAGAACGGUUCCCGAGUAACAACGUGGAAAAAAGAAACGUAGAUGUUACAGGGAUGAAACGAUGGAGUAACGCGUUUUCGCGAAGCAUUGUUUCAUAAUGGAAUGCGAAACUCUUUACAAGUUCUUCCGAAUUUGGGUCGAGAACGGAAGUUGCUCGGUCUAAAAGUCAAUUAGUUGGUGAAAUCUUUCUUCAGUUAUAAGGACUCGAGCGAUGAUGUCCAAAUCGUCUGAUUUUGACAAAACAAACCGAAGAUAUCAAUGGAAAACUUAUAUUUGCGAAACUUGAAUCAACAAAAUUGUUUUGCUUCGUUCGAUAGAUAAUUGACCAUCGUUUUUUGAACGUUUCUGUGUUUUAUGUCACUUUUGUGGUUAGAAUCGUUGGUUAUUGGUGGAAUCGAAAAAAUAUCGCCGAUGUCAAAAGUAUUUAGGAUAAUAAGGAUAAAAUCUCCCUCUAGUUUAAUCAAGCGUUAUCAAAGCCAGAUUCAAAACAAUCCCGACAAUUGGAAAAUCAAGUUAAGAAAUUUUUGUUCAAUCCUGGUCUGGAUUUAAUAAAUACGAACUUUAUACUCAUGAUUUGUUCGAUGAUGAGGAACCAGUGAUAAAAGAGGCGCUGCGCCGACAACCAAAAGAGCUGCUAGAUGGGAGAAAUUUCCGGUAUUCGCAGAAAUACGUUUCUCUUAUGUUAAGGCUUUUCGCAUAUUUGCGAAAAUGCAUACGGGUCAAUUGGACUUCCUGAAGAUACAUCUGCCGAAAGAGAAAUGGAUCACAUAUGAGCAGGAUAUAGAAUAUCGAUACUUGGAUCCGUUCAUAGAAGAAAUCACGGCAGAGAGAAUGGAAAUUUAUAAAUUUGGUUGCACUAAUUAUUCUGAUAUAGAUUGGCCUUAUUUUGAAAUAAAAUAG